AUGCUUUCACAUACUUUUAGAGGAGUUCUUUGUGGCUGUCCUUUCAAGUUAGUCAAACGUUGUGCCUCUUCGCAGUUUGUUGUAAGUCAUUUACCUUGUUAAGUAUUCAUUUUCAGCACCGUGAUAGCAGUAAUAAUAAUCGAACUGUCAAGUUUGAGUUUACUCCUGAAAAUCGGAAACGGCUGGAAAGCGUACUGGCGCAGUAUCCACCUGCUCACAGGUCGGCUGCAAUAAUGCCAGCCCUAGAUAUAGCACAAAGGCAACACGGUUAGUUGGAAAACCCAAAAUGAGAGUCAUUUGUAGGCUGGCUGCCUCUGAGUGCCAUGGCCAAAGUUGCGGAGUAUAUAGGCGUCCCCGAGAUUCGCGUUUUUGAAGUCGCAACAUUUUACACAAUGUUUAACAGGUAAGAAUUCGUUUUCCUUUCCAGUUUCCUGGCAUGUUUUCCCACCAAACAUGUGGUCUGGUGUUAACUCAUGUGCCAUUCGAAUCACCCCGCACUCGUUGGUCCUCACAUGCCCACGCAUUCUCAUAUUCGAUCCUCGAUGCGUUGAGUUACUCCACCCUUACCUGUUGCUCGUUAGUUUGGGUUUUUUUCGCCGCAAUAUCUCUAAAGUUUUGGGAGCGCACUUUUGGUUCCCUUUUGACAAGUAAAUGGACAUUUACAAAGUAAAUAGGUGCUCAAUUACUAUUCAGUGUGGUAGCUUUGGUUCGAUCUGUAGGUCGUCCGGCCAUUUAGUUGGAAUACUACUGAUCAAGGACGCUAGAUGGGCCUAAGUGGCCAUUGGAAUCAUCCUGGCCCCCUGGAUGACGAGUUUGACCGUUGGCAUAGACAUCGAAUUCCCCUCCACGUCACCGUUUAGCUAUUAGUGGAACAUCCACUACCAGAAUCUAAUCGUCAAGUAAACGGACUCUUGCGCUUAGUAAAUAAGUUUUCACGGACCGGUGUCACUAGUACUACCAGAAUAUUGAAGACGGGUCUGGCACCGAAAAGUCUCAAUGAUGGUUCUGUAACCUGGUGACCGUAAACCGCCAUUAAGUAGGCUCUCGUGUCAGUGCCUCACAGCGUUUUAUUUCCAACGUGCUCAAAGUUAGGUGGGAUAACCUCGAGCCAACAAUUCCGGUGGCUGUCGAGGACACUUGUGCAGGAAAUUGACAGUACUGACUAUUUAGACCUGCUAGGCCAGGCAUGAUCAAAGUCGUAUUGGACACGUAAAUAGUCACUCAACUAAGUUGCUUAGAGUUCAGCGUUCCGCACCAUAGCUUUAUUCUUGAUGCCUUUUUUGUCUCUCUCUGACGGUUUCCAUCCAGACAUUUUAGUUUGCAUCUUCAAAGUUUACAGACUAGAGUAUAUAAUUGUUUUCACGCCGUUUUGAAUAUGUUCUGUUUAACUAAUUACACACUCUUCCAACAUGCGUUUUUUUAUUAUUCUCCCUCCAAUUCUGUGAUUACCAUUCCGCCAUAUGGUUAAUGGUACUAUUAACACAAGUAUGUCUUGAACGCCGAACUCUUUCGCCAUCGCCCUGGUCUCGUGUCACACUCAACGUGCACACCGCGCCACCUGGUGCACUUUUUCCUUUACAUACUUGUGGCAUGACCGCUGAGAGUGGUAACUGUCAUGAAAUACUAGUGUUAAUCGAUUUCUACUUACAUCGUCAGAAUUCUUAAGGCCAUCUGUAAUCGUGGCGUUACCAUUACUUUCUCACCUGUGCGUCACUUCCUCUUUAUUUGCAACCUGUUCAGGUUGGUUACCUAGGAUGUAUUGUCGAAUUAAGUCGUGUUGAAAAUAUUACAUUUGUGUAUUGACUUAAGCGGUCGCAGUCAUGUUUCGUUGCCGCUAAGUGAGCGAUGUCAGAUUAGACCCAGAACCAUCGUCUUUCUUAAUUACGGAUCCGGUUGUCGCGGUUAAUUCACGUGUUUCUUUUCUAUUUCAUGCUCGAAGAGACCAAUGUGUUUUUCAUUCUCUGAAUUGUUUUUUUUUCAGAAAACCUAUGGGCAAAUACCACGUACAAGUUUGCACAACCACCCCCUGCAUGCUUGGUGGUGUCGGGUCGGACGUUAUCAUGGAAGCAGUGACAAAAAAACUUGGUUCGUUUUCCUAGAUCUCAGUCAUUUCCAGUCUCCCAAGUGAAGAUCAGGUCCUGUAGCCAACUGAACUAAGAUAUCUCUAAAAAUUUCAUUUUUUAGAAUUACGACGCACUUCUGCUUAUAAGUUACUAAACGUCUUUGCGUUUUCUAACCUGCCUGUGGACAUAUUUUCGAAUACGAGCGGCCGCUUCUGCAAGUGCUGCCGUUAGUAUUUUAGAAUGCAGCGCCCAUGCUGUCCAUGAGGAGCAACUUAAAGUUUCUGUAAUAAACGGUUGGUUCACCACGUAGGGGACUCAGAAUUAGCCCUUGUGUGUUCUGCUUGCACCUUCGUGUCUUUGUUUCGGUCAUAUAACUGAAAGGUUCUCAUCCCAACAUUAUUCCCAGUGCCGUCUACAUUCGACUUGUCUUGACUUACUUCGUCUUCUCUUCAUCGACAAUAAUGGGACACUGUUAGUCCUGCAUCCUACACCCUUUUUCUGUUCAUUAUGAUUUCAAAUAAUUGGUGAACCAGCCGUUUCAUCGUAGUGCACGUGACAUUACCAAUGGCGGAUCAACCUAUCAAGCUUUUUUUUGCCUUAUUAGCUUGAAAUGGCGAUUAUAUUCCACAAUGCGGACCGAUGGCCGUGGGUGCAUACCCUUUGGUAUCUGGUCCCAUUGGCCCACAACUCGCCUUCUAGCAGUUUCUCUUCAUCACCGAUAGGCCACGUAGCUCUGUCGCUUUUGUGUUGUUGCAUUUUGGGAAGCCAUCCAAUUGUUGUUACGGGAAAAUAUAAAAGUUCAAGCAGGUAUUCCACUAGAUCAGAUGAUACCAACAAAGACAAGGGAGACCUGGAAUGGCCAUUUCUGGCUUAUUAGCCGUCAUCAGCCAGCCAUACCCAACCCCGAGUGUGGAUCACUUGAGAUUCGAAUCCGGGAUCUUUGAUCAUGGAGUUUGACAUUCUACCAUUCAGCCACGGGCCCGUUGUCUUGUCGAUUGCGAUCGUUAAUAUAAAUUAUGACAGAUGGGCGCUCACCGAUCAGGUUACGGAACAUGCUCGUUCCGUUGUGCUUUGGACUCACACUAAAACCCUCUCAGGCAGUCGCACAGCGACUGGUAAUAGGAGUACAUGAGAUGAUGCCGAUCACAACCGACAGGAAAACAGGCCCGUUGCUCAAUUAUGGUACAGUGUCCAACUCCAUGACCAAAGAUCCCGGGUUCGAAUCUCAAGUGAUCCAAACUUGUGAUUGGGUAUGACUGGCUGAUGACGGCUAGUAGGCCAGAAAUGGCCAUUCCGGUCUUAAUUGCCUUUGUCUGUAUCAUCUCAUCUAUUUCUACUGUCAGUCGCUAUGCGACUGCCUGCACGAGUUCUAAUAUGAGUCCAAAGGCACAACGGAACGAGCAUGUUCCGUAACCUAAUCGGUGAGCGCCCAUCUGUCAUAAUUGGUAUUCUACUACAUAUAAGCAUCAUUUGUUACCAUAGAUGCUUUAACGGGUUCAAUGCUGUUAUUUAGUGCGGUUUGGCUUAAAGUGUUGUUUGAUUUAGCUAUUUAAUUAUAACUUAAACAUUACGAUGUCAUAUGUCAAGACAAUGCUUAGCAUAAUACAGAAUCCGACCGACGCCUUUGUGCAUUAUUACCAGCAGUAAACAUCUUGGGGUGGUGAAAGGAUGGUACUUUUUUAAUGAUGUGACCGUAUUGUAAUUUUAUUCUUAGGUAUCCAACCCGGCCAGACAACUGAAGACAAGUUUUUUACUCUUUCGGAGGUCGAGUGUCUUGGCGCCUGUGCGAAUGCACCGAUGAUGCAAAUCAAUGAUGAUUAUUAUGUAGGCUUUUUCCGCAGAUUGUUUACAAUAGCUAUCAUCCCGUCUGAUAACUUUCGCAGAUCUUGAUUAUGAUCGGCUUAUAAUGCCUGUUUUCAUUUUCCUUUAGAGACUGAGCCUCACUCUUAAGAUAGUUUAAGCGAAAAUGACUUGGUUUUUCGUUGAAGCCCCUGCCGCGUCCACAGGUAAAAUUUCACUCCUUCCUCAAAUACCUUCCUUACGCUCUCUGCGUAUCCCUGUGGACGAAACCUCGCCAGUUGGCCGGUCAUGAAAGUCUUAGGUGAAAAACCGCACUCCAGACUAGAUCAAAGCACCUCGCCUUACCUGCCCGCACCUCCCCCCUUAGGCUACCUAUUGGUCUAGUCCACAAAACGCGCAUACACGCCAGCAACGUCACACCAUGCCUCUCUCCAACAGGUAUCCGGUCCGCCUUGCUAUCGCCUUUAUUUCGGUGGAAAUAUUGCGCGUUAGUGCAUAUACAUCUUACGUAGUGGAGUAGUGGAGACUAGGUUGCGUGUAGCACGAGCAGGUAGCCUGCUUAGCUUUGUGAGCGACCGCUUCUAAUCAUAAACAGUUGUUUGACAGGCCCGAACAGUCGACUGAAGCAUGGGAGAGGGAAAAGAGAAAGUGAAUGCUACACUACGGAAUCCGUCCUCACGGAAUAUUUGCGCGUUACUUACCGCAAUAAAUGUGACGUGGUUAAAUAUGUCAUGACGCUCUAAGGGUCGUGGCUUGGAACGCUGCCGAGUAACCGGAUAACAAAGUCCCCGUGGGAGUAUUUUGUAGUGAUUGGAGGGGUGAGAGUCCGGCUUCAGUGGUUGCUCCUCAGUGGGAGCUUUAUAACACUCGGGGAUACGAAGUCUGGGACGUCCUUAUAGAGGUCUAGUACACGUAAUGGGGACCAGAUCGUGUGCGGCACGCGUAGACGAGCUAUUUGGUCUAGUCAGCUACAGCGUCCACAUCCACAUCCGGCCGUUUUGAUGCAUUGCCUUGCCAUCGGAUCGAAGUUAGUUCGUGGAGAGGGAGUGUGGUGGCUGCUGCGCGAGCCUGCCUCAUAAACUAAUAUGCGCGCAAGUCACUGGUGCCACACACACUUUGUGGUGCACUCGGUAGACGUCGGGCAACCAUUUGCAAGUAUGUCACAUUCUGAGUUGCGCGAUAAUAUAGAGCCUGUGUCAUUUGAUUUAACCGGUAGCUUUGUCUUUACACCAUUAUAUUUAUGUGGCGGGGGCGAAAUUUCCGAAAUUCGUUAUCGUUAGGCAUGUUCGGGUACUUGAACCUGCACAGGGACUUCCUGGUUCGUAGUUAAGCUGUAAAUGCCAGACUUAUUUACGUUUACAGUCCUAUGCAUCCCCUCCAACGUUUGGCGUGUAGGACAACUUCCAAGGGGGUUUCGAUUUCGUCAAGCUUUUUUAUGUAAACCUAAAACAUGCGCCCUCCAAAAAAGGUGACUUUUGUCUUUUUGUAAAUGGUUCGUAGAAAGUUUGCCUUCUCGUUACACAUCAUUCCUACCUCUUCUCGACUGAACCAACUGCUUUACCUGACGAACGAAACCGGAAACAAGUUUGUAAAUCUCUUCUUGAUUUCUUCAUAUGUUCCCUGCAAUAAGCUUCCAUAUGUACUUUCCGCCAUGCUUAGGAGGAUUUAACCCCAGAGGAUGUUGACAAAAUCCUGGAUGAUCUAAGGCAGGGUCGAUCGCCAAAGCCUGGUCCACAGUGAGUGCCUACCCUAUUCUGUACACAUUUUACAACCAUGUACUAAUUAUCUUGAAGCACUGUCGAAAUUAAGAAUUGGGAAGACGGUUGAGAAUAUGGAGACGCGGUCGCUGGAAUAGCUUAUUCACUCGACUUUUCAUACUUCACUUGAGCCCAUUAACAGAGACAGUUACGUCUCGUAAUGGCUUCAUGUGUUAGUUUGAAACGUUAGGCGAAUAAAACUAUUAUCUCAGCAAUCACGUCUCCAUAUUAUCAGACAUUGCAGUGUGAUUAUUUUUGCUCAUUUUAACGUCAUACGCAGUUGUUACUUAUGUUUCUUGACACAGCUCUGUGCAUGUCUGGUCUAGCCUGUUUUCACGGUUUCGUGUAUAUUGCCUCCAAAGACGGCAGCCUGCAACAGCGGAUCAGAGAACUUUACUAGGCCGAAUGCCGGAGGCCAAAAAGCAACGUCAAUAACUCGAGGGACCUGAUCGAGCCAAGUUUUUCGCUUGUCUCCUAGUUACCUUCACUGAUUUAACGGCGUUGAGUUUAGACCAACAACACUCAUAUCGGCAGAAUAACAUUACCGACAAAAACAAUGUAGACUGGCAUGGCUAUUUCUGGCUUAUUAGCCGUCGUCAGCCAGUCAUACCCAGCUAAACGGGACGAGUAAGUCCCUUAACACGAUUGGCGAGCGUCCCUCUACCAUUGUAUAUUUCCGAUUGCAACCGACAGGACAACGAGCCCGUGGCUCAGUGGUUAGAGGCUUUGGACUUCUAACAAGCAGGUCGCGGGAUGGAGCCCCAGGUGUUCCACACUUCGGUGUUGGGUAUGACUGGCUGGCGACGGUUAACAAACCAGAAAUGACCAUUCCACUCUCCCUUGUCUUUGUCGGUAAUGCUAUUCUGCCUAUAUCAUGCGCCGAUGUGUGGCUGCUGGUUGGGCUCAAAAGUGAGCCCUAAGGCACAACAGGACGAGUGAGUUCCGUAACACGAUCGGCGGGCGCUCCUCUACCAUUGAACACUGAUAUCAAUGGACCAUCGACAGAAAACGUACAAAACUGACGGCAACUAUAUUUUUUCGACAGUCGUAUAUCCUUGUGACGUUGUCGCAUCGUGUGUUGACUGUCUCAUUCGACAAAAACUUUGGGGUUCAUUUGUCGUUUCUGCUACCAGCUUUUACAGUUCCGCAAACUUUGGUAAGAGUGUACACCGAUCUAAGCCAAGUGGAGGAAUUGGUACGUGACGUUUGGGCGACCUGUCGUGCAUCACUACAUCCUUUUCGUUAAACACGUAAGUACAAGAAGCUACUCUUUAUUAGCUAGUCCUGCAUGUAUAAUGCGCCAGUUUCGAAAUUUCAAGCGAUUAAUGGUUAACUGCCUUUUCUACUUGAACCUUUCAAGUAAAAACCAUGGGUUGUUUCUACUGCGAUCGGAUGAUAAACGCUUCGCGACGCAAUGUGCUAAAGAACUAAAUGCGCAAAGUUUAGUCAUUGGCAGAGAUGAAUCCGUUACUGAAGGCCUACUAGCAUUUGUCCUACGGAGACGUGCCCCCAUACCCUAACAUCGUUUGUCGUGACAAAGGAAACUAUGGGAAGUCGCUUGUACUUGGCUGAACAAGCUUUCGAUAGCAGUCCCCAGCACUAAUUGGCUUAUAGACACUAGUGCCCUCUUCACGGGGCUUGUUUCAAGUACUGUAUGCAUUCUCUCUCCCCGUCUACACUAACGUGACUAAGUGUCUUCACUGUGUAUAAAUCUUGGUUAUCUUUUUAGGAGUGGACAAAAUCACCGAUGUUCCUGCGAACCAAAGGGUGGACUAACUAGCCUCACUUCUCCAUCGCCUCCACUCGGCUUCAAGUUGCAGGCAGCUUUGAAAUAAGCAAUGCGCUAGGGGCUACCUCUUAUUAUUUUUAGUUUCGCUUUCCAAUCCAUGUACCCCAUCGUCUCCGUUGUUGCCUGCUUAAAUAA